CCAGGACACGGAGAGAGCGGAAGUCGCGAGGCGAGGCCCGGAAGCGGUAGGGAGGCGGGUUUGCCCAGGAGACCGGAGGGAAACCGCAGCAAGCGAGAAUGGCGGAGACGGACCCCAAGACCGUUCAGGACCUCACCGCCGUGGUGCAAACCUUGCUCCAGCAGAUGCAGGACAAGUUUCAAACCAUGUCUGACCAGAUCAUUGGCCGGAUCGACGACAUGAGCUGUCGCAUCGAUGACCUGGAGAAGAACAUAGCAGAUCUCAUGACUCAAGCUGGAGUGGAAGAGCUGGAAAGUGAGAACAAGGCUGCUACCAAGACUUCAACUUGCCAAUAAUCUUGGAUGGGUGCUGGAAAGAGAAAUUUUUACAAGCUUACAGGGAUUUCAAGACGGCGUUUGUUGGGCUUUUAUUUUUCAAAUACUGUGUGUAAAAGCAUUUUUCUACAGCUGUAGAACUUGCAUUCCUAAUAUACAUUGUAUAGCUAGAUUUGGAACAGUUUCUAUUCUGAUUUAUUGCAUAUUUGUGGAUUUCGCACACUUUUUUGAAUGGUCACGUUCUAUAUGCUUCAGUUAUUAAAAACUCAGUUUGAUGGAGUUCAACUAAAAUACUAAUAUUUGAGUGGAUUUUUGUGAAAUCACAUUUUUUUAAAAAAAAUUCCUCAUACGAAGUUUUGCAUUUAGUUCUUUUGGUAAUUCUUCUCACUUGGGUGGCUAAAAUUUCUAAUCAAUCUGAACAACAUAUUUGUCAUAUGUGCAUGAGGCAUUUUUGUGGAGUCAGGCACAAGAAUGAAAACUCAGUGUUCUAAAAUCAGCGAGUACAACAUUCGCCAUUCAAUUUAACACAACAAGCAGUCAGCUUUGGGCAUUCGGCCACUAUGAGCCAUCGCUCUUUGUUAUCAUCAGUCCAAACAUUUUGGGAUUUCAUCUAGUGACUUUAGAUAGAUAAUAUAAAUAUUAAGCUUGUAUUUCAAUAAAUUGCAGCUGCCACUGCCAGAGAAAUAAUUUGGAGUGUGAGAGAGACUCGUUUAAGAAAGGUAGCUUAUCAUAAAGAUUACCCACAUGAGCUGCUGUGAAAAACCUCAGCUUAGGGAGAUAAGUGGAAGCAGAGCAGAGUGGCCAAGUUUGGGUAAGUCCUAUAUCCCCUCUCUCCCUUCUCUCUUUACUGUACCGAUUGCUUUUUUAAAUCUAAAGUUAUACUAGCUUUGGAUUUCUUGUAGUGCUGCUCUAGACAAAAAAAAUGCAGAUAUUUCCCCCAGCUCAUUUUAAGAUCAUUUUUUAAUAGGAAGCGCGACCACCAGCAGACGUGACUCCUGUGAUUCCUUUGGGGGCAAGAGAAUCUUGGGAAAGAAAAUACCAUUGUUUAUGUACCAGCAUUGGACAGGUUUAGUGUAGGUGGAUCAGUCGGGAGCAGUGUGUUCCUUGACCGAUUGAACACUUGGAGAACAGAGGAUCAUUUUCUGUAUUUUGUUUAUCCACCCCACAAAUGAACGGGCUGAGAUUCUCUUGCCUAGUGGGGGAGCAGUCUGCUGUUGCACGUGAGAAUUGGGGAAACGGGGGUGCUAAACCAACACUGGCAUCAGGAGAGAGUUUCCUUCUGAAACUGCAAAAAGAGGACUCGUCGUUAGAAGAAAGCAACAGCUCUUCCUACGUUCUCCUCUUUCUUAAAUCAGGUUAUGAAUGGGGGGCAUAGGGGAUGAUUUAGGAAGGUGCUUACGAUCGUCAAACCCAUAUGGAUCAGUGAGGGUUCUUUAGCAAGAACCAUUCAAUCCUCUGAAGUCAAGGAUUGGGAAGGGGGGUGGAUGGAGGAGAACGUUUCACCUGCCCCCAGUUCCUUCCCUUACCCACAAAGACGUGUUCUACAACCUUGAAAGAGGUUCAGUCCCACAGCUUGUGUAUUGCUAGUCAAUAGAGGUUGCUGUUGACGGACAAUGCAAUCCCUGUAGGCCCUUAGAUGUAUAAAGUGGAGUCAUUUUUCUUGAACGUGGAUACAGUAAGAUGCCUGCAGUCCUCCCCCACAUAACUGUGUAGCAGACGGCCAGUACCCCGGGGUAGAUAAUGUCACCUUUUUCCUAAGUUAAGUACUUCGAUGUUUUAAGCUACAUGAGGAACUCCUUCCAGGCAAGAUUUCCUUGCCAGUAAGGGAGCUUUCAUGCAAGUAUAAAUCGUCACGGAGAGCAUCAUCACAUAGCUGAGAACUGAAAUCUGCAGGUGGUGGAAAGUUAAUCUUGUCCUUCCAGCAGCUGCGGAAAUAAGCUAGGAUCCCAUGUAUGCAGGUAUAAUGGGAAGAGCCAUUCAUCUCAGGCUUCAUUCUCACAGAGGUGAUGAACCUGUGUUUGGGGCUUGGACUGUGCCAUUUUAGGGAGCAGGGGAGAGGCCGAUCUCAUUGAUUGCUUCUCUGUACGAAAAAGAACCCCUCCACAUGGAAGAGCUUGUCAUGGGAGGGUUGGCUAGGACCCCUGUGCAGGUAAUGUUAAACACAGUGGGGUUAGGUCAUGUGAGCCCCCACCUGUAGUCUGAAUGGUAGAGCUCAGGUACAGGUUUCCCAUCUCGGCCCUUAAGAGAUCAUUGCAGCAGUGGGUGGCCAGUAUUUCGGUAGGCUGCUGAUGCCGUCUAGGUUGUUUUUGUGUUCUCUGCUAUAGCAGACUUGUUUUAUUUCCUUCGACUCAAAGCUGAGCAUUUGCUUAAAAGGGUGAGAAAAGUAAGAAGAGAGAGUGGUUUUUUGGACUCCAUAAAAUAUGGCAGAAAUGUGUGAAUAGCCUAGAAUUUCGCAGCCCUUAUCUUGUACGAAAGAUGCUCCCCCCCGCCACUUUCCAACAGCCACAACUGGAAAGCAUGCCACUCGUAAAAAUUUGCUGCUGCGUAGGUUAUGUAUAUUGACAGUUGUUUCUCAAAAUGUGUUGUGUUAGGAAAGCAAAGCUGGAUUGUGUAAAAAAAAACAAAACAAACCUGUCCUUGUACCACCAGCCUUAGACUUUCUGAUCGUCUCAUUUAAAAACACUCUUAAUAAAAACUGAAAUGCCACUAAAA